GCUGUGGUUACUUCUUUGCGGCUUUUGACGUAAUUACGCGCUUCUCGUAACGUUGCACGCGCCGGUUACCUACGCACGCGGGAGCUCGAGUUUAUCACCCGGUUUCUCCUUGCUGUAACUGUUACGUUGCAUUCGCCGGUCGCCUGAAUUCUACAGACAUUUCCGCGCUUACAGAUCCGUAAGGUUUCCGCACUAUGCCGAAAAAUAAAGGUAAGGGAGGUAAGAACAGAAGACGUGGUAAGAAUGAAAAUGAGUCUGAAAAAAGAGAAUUGGUAUUUAAAGAAGAUGGACAAGAAUAUGCACAGGUGAUCAAGAUGCUUGGAAAUGGCAGACUAGAGGCUAUGUGCUUUGAUGGUGUAAAGAGGUUAUGUCACAUUAGAGGAAAACUACGAAAAAAGGUUUGGAUCAACACAUCGGACAUUAUUUUGGUCGGUUUAAGAGAUUAUCAAGACAACAAAGCAGAUGUUAUCCUUAAAUACAAUGCAGACGAAGCCAGAAGUCUGAAAGCUUAUGGAGAACUCCCAGAGCAUGCUAAAAUCAAUGAAACAGAUACGUUUGGACCUGGAGAUGACGAUGAAAUCCAGUUUGAUGACAUUGGAGAUGAUGAUGAAGAUAUCGAUGAUAUUUAGAAACGUUUCUUCCAUUCCAGUUUCCAAGGACCGUUCUGCUUUUGAUGUUUUGAUUUGAAUUUUGAGUGAAGCCCUCACGUGGGGAAGAUUCUCUGCUUGAUAAGAAUUUAUUUUCACAGUUUUAAAGUAUUUAUAUUCUUUUGGUAUAAAUCAAUAAUGCCAGAGUCUAAAACCUCAAAAUGUUUUAUUUUCAUAAUGUAGAGCUUUAAAGCUCAUCCUGUAAAAAUAGUAACACGUUUCCUUUCUGCAUUAGUUCACCUCCUGCAUACUGUUUCAUGUACACCAUUGUUUUUAAGCCUCCCUUUAUCAUGGUUAUUUGAUUUAAUUAGACACAUAUAUAUUUUAUGUCUGUUCAGAGGAUGCAGUAUCUCUUUUUAUUAUUUUUUUUUCUGUCUCCAUUUAUUUAAAGAAGACUGCUGUUAACUUGUAAUUCAGAAAUCAAUUAAACUCUUUUGCAUUGUGCUUUUAAUAUGUGCUUUUAUACAAGUUUAUAGUAAUAAAAGGAGAUAAUGCAUUCUCAUUUGAGUCAAUUAAAAAAAUAUAUAUGUAAUUAUUGCAGUUGUUUCAAACUGUUUUGUGAAAUAAUGCCACUGUACAGUAACUGCACAAAGUGAAACAGACUUAAAUAUCGGAUUUGUUGGGUUUUUUUGUUUUUAUUUUUAAUUAAUACAUUGAAUUGUAUUUUCCAGCCAAUAAAUGCCUAUCCAUACAAAUUUGUGUUUUGGGCUAUAGAUUUUUUCUACAUAAUCUUUUACAUCAGAUAUAAACCUAGAUUUAAAGUUUUGAUGACUGACAGUUUAUUUAAAGACAAUCUAUAGCAAAUGAUAUAGUGUGUGCAACGUCCUAAAAUUAGGUUAGUUUUAAAUUCUGAUAUGGAUGUGUUCACAAUAUCAAAAUGUAUUUAAUCAAAGGAACAUGUUACUUAACAUAUCACUUAACAUAUCAUUUAUCUUAGGUGCAUCUGUGAGAAUUAAAGUUAUGAUGUAUACUA